GUAUCAAACAAUAUCAUCACUGGUCUCUAUCACCUCUUUGCUCUACCUUCUUAUACAUCCAAGACCUUGCAAGUCUUGUCCAUCCCAAUGCUUUCGACUCAGAUCCAGCACACCCAAGCCUCGAGACAAGCUGCACAGCUUGGAAAGGCAGCUGCUCUAAGCUUCGUUCGUACUGCAUCCUCUUCUUCCUCCCAUCUUGGAUGCUCGGCCGUCCUGAGAGUCGGCUGUGCAGCAAGCCAACAACAUCGACUCUUCUCGUCAACACCCGCCACCCAACUCCGUGACUUCUUCCCCGUCAAGGAGACUCCCCAUAUCCAAAAGACCAAGCCAGCAUGGCCUCACCACGCCCAGACAUACGAGGAAAUGGCUGCUGUCGUACCUGCCCACCGAGAGCCCCGAACCAAAGGUGACUGGGUGGCCUGGAAGAUUGUACGCCUUGCCCGGUGGUGCAUGGACAAGGCCACGGGUAUGGAUCGUGAACAACAACAAGUUGACAAGAAGCACCCAACAACUUCCGUGGUGGCACAGAAGCCUCUUACCGAGGCGCAAUGGUUGGUGCGUUUCAUCUUCUUGGAGAGCAUCGCCGGAGUUCCAGGCAUGGUCGGCGGCAUGUUGCGCCACCUCGGAAGCCUUCGACGCAUGAAGCGAGACAAUGGUUGGAUCGAGACGCUCCUCGAGGAGAGCUACAACGAGCGGAUGCACCUCCUGACAUUCAUGAAGAUGUGCGAGCCGGGUUGGUUCAUGAAGAUGAUGAUCAUUGGAGCCCAGGGCGUCUUCUUCAACAGUCUUUUCGUCUCCUACCUCAUCUCCCCCAAGAUUGUCCACCGAUUUGUCGGAUAUCUUGAAGAGGAGGCCGUCCAUACCUACACCCGUUGCAUCAAGGAGAUCGAGGACGGUAACCUGCCCAAGUGGAACGACCCCAAGUUUGCCAUUCCCGACAUUGCUGUUCAGUAUUGGCAAAUGCCCAAGGAGCACCGCACGAUGAAGGACCUGAUCCUUUACAUCAGGGCUGACGAAGCUGUCCACCGAGGUGUCAACCACACACUCGGUAACCUCAACCAAUCCGAAGAUCCGAACCCCUUUGUCAGCGAGUUCAAGGACCGAGAGCCUCCCAGGCCUGCCCUGAAGCCCGCUGGAUACGAACGAGCCGAUGUCAUCUAAUAGGAAGCGAAAACUAAACGACUCGACGACGAGGGAAUAACCUUGAAAGUUAAACACGACCUUGUACCAAAAGCCAUUUCUUUUGUUAGAAGAAGAGCAUUAAAAGAUGUCUGUACGUUUAAAGAGCUGUUACAUAUGAUACCACUGGGUACCGGCGUUCUGGAAGGCCCCGAGGUGGAGCUUAGGUUGUGGAAUUAUGCAGCUUUUUGCUGUUUUUGGAGGCGUUUGGGGCCAAAUAAUCCCAACUCAUGACGGAUACAUAAAAGAAUUUGGUAGAUGAUGGAUAAUUUCCAGUGGUAAUACAAUAAAAAUUCAUACAAAUUCUUGGCCUCAAUGUAGUGAGAAGAACAGCAAAGAUAGCCUGCAGGCCUCAGCGAGCACUCAAAAUAGUGACAAACGAGGCCCUUCACGCAGACCAACCCUUGCUGUCACUUGUUGCACAGUGUCUCCCAAGAACACGUAAUUCUUAUGUAGGCGCUCCGUAUCACCUCGUUUGCCCGUAGCCUCUCAAUGAUCCAAUCUCGCAUGUGAAUUUCCUGCCUAUUUCGGCAAGGGGAACGUCGUUAAGC